AUGGAGGAUAUUGAAAGACAACGGCGACGAGCACGCAACCUCAGAAUGAUGACCGGGCGUUUUCGUGUCCUUAUCAUUGGCCGCGCUAACUCAGGGAAGACAACCAUCCUCCAGCGGGUUUGUAAUACAACAGAGCAGCCGAAAAUUUUCAAUCAGGAGGGUGAUGAGAUUGACUUGUCUGAGCUCAAUCCAACUGCACAGAGAGGGGUGCAUGAUAUUGAGAAUGAAAUGAUAUUCAAGAGUAAUACAGCCUUUGUCUUUCAUGACUCACGUGGCUUUGAAGCAGGCCGAACAUCAGAGCUGCAGAAAGUUAAGGAUUUCAUGCAAAAGCAUUCAACCAACAAACACCUCAGGGAUCAUUUGCAUGUGAUUUGGUACUGCAUUCCAAUCAAUGAUGAAGCCAGACCAAUCACAAGGGCAGAGUUAAAUUUCUUUGAUGAGUGUGGGACUGGUAGAGUUCCUGUUAUUGUUUUGUUUACAAAAGCAGAUGUGCUUGAUGCCCAAACUAUUGGGCACCUAGUUGAUACUGGAAUGGAUGUUGAAGAUGCCACUAUUAAAGCUCCAGAAGAAUCAGUUGCCAGGUUUCAUAAGAAUUUUGGCCAGCAACUGUACAAGAAAAAGUAUCCUCCCAAGGAACAUGUGUAUUUCCGAGACAUGCAAAAUCCUACAAGUGACUGCAAUGAGCUGCUGAGGAGGACAGCAGCUACUCUCUCGGAUGAUACAAUCUUACAGCUUUUUCUGACAGUGCAGAAAAAUGAUCUGUCUCUGUCAAUUGAAUCUGCAAUUAUGAGAGUUACAUUUCCAACCUUUCCAGGUUGGAAAUUAUUCAAAAGAAACAUAGAGUGUAGGGAGAUGGUUAAGAAUAUAUUGUGUUAUUUUCCACACAUGAAAGUAAGCCAACAUUCAGGUGGUCUCAACUAG